AGUGUCGAGGUCAAUAAAAUGUGGAUCUAUACCUCCCAGAACGGUCUAGUUUUGGAAGUACAGUCAUGUCUUGGGCAUGAGGGGGAACCGAAUGCUACUGGGCACAUAACAAGCUCAGCGAGUUGUAUGAAAAAUUCAUAAUAGAUAGCCUCCCAGAUGGGAUUUAACCGUAUAUCUUCCAACUACCCUAUCAUCGAAACCAUUGGGACUUCCUAAGCUUGAAUCCAACUGAGACAAUGUAACCGGUAAUCUCGCCGAUAUUCAUUAGUGUAUAUACAAGAGAUGGCAGCCUUACAACUCCUGCUUAGCCACAUUAUGGAGACAUAAAACACAUUUGUGUCAUUCAUUUGUAUUACGUACAAUGGUGGUAGUACACGGCUAGUUGCAAAAGUUAGAGAGAUAAUGUUACUAUUACCGUAAAAAAUGGAUUAAAUCCCCUAAUAGCAGACCAACCCAUUUAAUUGAUACAGCUUCUUCUUCAGUCAAAAUCAUUAGCCAACUACACGACAGUCUGUAUUUGAAAUUACUGUGUAGACGGUUAGCUGCGAAAGUUAUUCUUUAGCAGUCAAAAUCAUUAGCCAACUACACGACAGACUAUAUUUGAAAGUACCGUGUAGGCAAUAAGAAGCUAUCUAUAUAAUCCUAUGAUAUAGAUCUACAUGGAAAUUGGGUGGAAUUGUGAUGCAAUGGUAAAGGUGUGACUUGUAUGGGAAUUUGAUUUAAUGACAGAAUGAAUGACGUCAUUGACUUGAUUCCUCUGAUGGGACCAAUAACAUAUUAUGUUAUGUACGUACUUGCAUACCUGCAAGUUCUCUGGAUCAAUCUAUAUAGAACUCCUAAAUUUUACAUAACACGAAUCACAGACUGGAAUCCUUCCAUUUUUAAACGGCAACUUGGAUAAGCAUGAUGGGUAGAGUAGUAAAUCAACAUGGCGUGUCUUGUGUGGUUGUGACUGCAAAAGCGAUAAUUUUUAUUGAUUUAUUAAUCUAGGGAUUUUAGUGGAAUGUUCGUUGCAAAUGAUUAUAUAAUGUAAUGACUGCCGAUAUUAUGGGAAUACACAUAUGCAGCUAUUUUAAUCAUAUCCAUGGUGUGAACUGUAUAAAGUUUACAUUGUUUUGUAAUGUGACCAUGCCAUGAAGAGUGUAUCAGAGUAAAAGAAUAGAUGGAGUGUCCACCAACAUGUUCUGCUUGGUGUGACGACAAUGGGCUGCUGAUGACCAGUGACUCCAUCUCUAGUGAGAGUUGUGCUUGUCAAGGCACAAUGGAGCUGCAGGAGAGUGACAGUGAAGAAAAGUCAUCAUCUCAAGAUGAUUAUACCAACGGCAUGUGUGGUGAAAAUUUCAACACAGUGAAGAAGGGGCCAGGCUGGCCCACAGUGGAAAAACAGGUGAUCACUAUUGAACCCCCUCCUGAGUUUCAAGACAGUCCUCCAUCUCCUGUGGGUCAUGACACAGGCCUCUUACUGUUUCAACAGGCACAGCAUUCUCCUGAAAGCAUAUCAGCUGAUGACUGUGGUGUUCAUUUGCUUAUACCUUGGAUGGAGAAAUUUGCUUCCAGACUGGUAGCUGCACUGCUAGAAGAAGCCUUGUCUAUAUCUUGCAAAGUUACAUGGUCCAUCCAGUGCUCCCAGGAUUGUCAUCCUGCUGACAGUCAGCAGACACAUCAACAGCAGGAGCAGCAUACCACAGUAUCCCGCAGCGUGGGGCGCUGGAGUGGGCCACGUCUCUGUUGGACUCCUGAAUUGCCACCAUUUAGCAGUCCUUGUAAUCGUCCUGGUUCCCGCAGCUCCCUGGCCUCUUCCCGCCUCUCAAGCUCACACAACUCACUGUCUGUACCAACUGCAAACAAGGCAGAUGAUUCUAGUUUCAUCACAUCAGCCAUGUCACACGAUGUUCUGACUGCAAGUGAGAUCAGCGAUAUGUACAAUGUUCCAUUUGAUAGUGAUAUCUAUGCAGUGCCCAUCGAUGUUGUGAGACCACCAAGGACACCACAGCGACCAAAACGACAGCAGCGCCACCACCAUCGCAAACGUCGGAGACAUGCGUCUUCCGAUUCUCAGUCAGAACUGGAUCGUUCAACUAGGCAACACUUAAACCUCAGGGGCAAGACUGUCACAUCUAGUCAGAUCCAUGUGGUCAGACCGCCUUCGCAUACUGAUGCUGUAAGCGAGUCAGGAGGAGUGAAACGUCAUAGUGUUCCUGGCACGUCAGCAGCACGGCAGACACGUUCAGCAAGCACUGAGAGCCCGUCAGUUGCUGUGGGCGAGCCUAUUCACAUGACACUUCAUGAGGUGCGCCAGUAUCUGCAGAACCUGUACUCGAGUUCCAGCGAUUCUUCCGACAACAAGAGCAAGAUGGAUGUGGCAACUCCAAAACACCAGUACAAGACUGUGCACAACAACAAUAAUAAUAAUCGAAACAACAACAGGUGCAUUGUUGAGGAUGUGGAGAUUUCAUCCAGGAGUGUGAAUGGAAACAUCGUCACAAACAACGUAAGAAAGAACAAGAAGAAUGCGUUUGUGAUCAACAUUAAGAAUAAGAAAACCAAAGAUGCAUGUGAUGUUACAGCAACAAAGGACAAGGACAGUUCUGUAAGGUCUGAAUUUUCUGAGGACAAGGAGAAAGUUAAGAAACCUCCCACUGGGCGCCACAGUUUCUCGACCAAUCUUAAACAGACAUUGUGCAACAUAUUCCGAAUCCGGAAGUUGCCAUCUCCCGAUCAUAUUGCCGCAGGAGAGAAGCUUGAUAUAGCAGGGUGUUGUGUGGGAAAUGGGACCAUUUCUACCAAUGACAGUGUCGAUGUCAGUGGCAAAGCACCGUUCCUAACACGUGCACUGCCGCCCCUUCCUGCCACUGUAUUGCUUCCAGAUGGGGACUUAGACUCCACUCCUCAGCCUUCUCCUGAGGAUGGGCCCAUGGCUGCUGAGGAGGAGGAGGAGCUGGCAGAGGAACCCAGCAUGGAUUUUGCCUCAAGCAUCGAGAAAGUGAAAGAUUAUGGUUGGUACUGGGGUCCCAUUUCUGGAGAAGCUGCCGAGAAGAUCCUCUCAAAUGAACCAGAUGGUUCCUUCAUUGUUCGGGACAGCAGCGAUGACCAUUAUAUUUUCUCAUUGACAUUCAAACUGAACGGCUGUAUUCGGCAUGUUCGGAUUGAGCAUGAUCAGGGUAAUUUUAGUUUUGGAAGCUGUACAAAGUUCAAGAGUCACACAAUUGUAGACUUCAUAGAGAAUGCAGUGGAGCAUUCGCGUAGCGGGCGCUACCUGUUCUUCUUGCACCGACGCCCUGUCCUGGGACCCAUGAGGGUACAGCUGUUACAUCCAGUGUCACGAUUCAAGCAAGUGCAAAGCCUCCAGCAUAUGUGCAGGUUUGUGAUCUUGAAGUUGGUGCGUCGGGACCUGAUUCCUUCUCUGCCUCUGCCACGCAGGGUGAUCGACUAUCUGAGCACUCCUCACUACUAUUCAGAGCAGCUGGUGGUGGAGGAUGAUCUAGCACCCUCUCCUGACGAUGUAGAUAUGUUUUCCUUUGUGCCGCAAGGACUUUCCUGAGGUAUGCCCCCACUAGGCAAACACCAGGGUACCAGGCAAUUAAUGUAAGGGAGCACGGAAGAUACAGUAUGAUAAUGGCACAUUGCACCAUAACACGUGUUAUGGCUACAACGUAAUAUGCACAUCAGACAUAAUUUCUGUGGUUGUAAGUACAAAUAUCAUUCAUGACUUGAUUUAGCCUCUGUGUCAUCAAUCCUGUCGUCUCGUAUGUGGGUUUGAGUCCGCAUAUAACUGUAGGUUACCCUGAAAGAAGCAGUUCCAUCACACGUGUAAACGGAGAAAAGUCAUCAUGCAUGUCAGAUUAACUUUGUGUCUGGAUAAUAUGAACAGUGAAACUCAAAGGAUAGAUUGACUAUCCAUGGUGUUUCUACAGACCAAAGUGAAUAGCGAAUUCCUGCCGUGAAAGAUAUGUAAAAAGAAAUAAAAAUGGGUAUAACCUUUGGCUAACUAUCUUGCAAGGUAAGUGUUAAAUAUUAGAAGACGUUUAGAAAAAUUAAUAGACUUUGGCGUCAUUGUACCUAACCAAUAUCACCUGGGGUUUGGAAUGGUUUUUUGGAGUACAGGGUUGAAUGGGGUUUCCUAUGAAACAGUUGAUAAUGUAGCCUAAUAUCAACCCAAUUAUUGUUGCCAUAUGGUAUACAUAAAUAUUUCUUUAUUUAUAUAUUUUCAAAAGAAAACUUGUCAAUUUAUUUCAAUAAAUUAAUAUAUAUUGAAUAAUUUAUGAUACUGUUUUACUUAACCCUCUGAGCAAUCAAUUGCUAUAGAAUAUGCAAUGUCCACAAGUCUUUAUGUUAAACAUUUAUCAAUAUCUUAACACAUUUUCUUAUUUAUUAAUAUACUCUUCUUUUGUAUAUCCUUGGUUCUUCAAGUGUCUGACAUCUUUUUUUCAUAUUGAAAGUUCUCCAGACACAACACAUGUCCAUACCACUGUAUCAUUAAGUUGAGCAACUUCCGUGUUGUGUUUCUGCUUCCAUAAAAUAUAUAAUACAGUACAAUUUGUAUCUUGGUUCAUGUUCGUUUCUGAAUACAUGGUAGAUGUUUCAUCUCUCCUGCUUUUAAUUUCCUUACAUUUUGUACAAAUAAAGAUUUAGUUUUAUGUAUUUUGUGUAAAUAUCUGUAAAUUGGUUUUGACACAUCAAUUAUUGCAGUUAUGUAUGUGUCUACUGCUCAAAGGGUUAAAGUGUGAUUAUAAUUUUUCAGUUUAUGAGAUGUACAUAAAGCAAAGAGACACCUACACAGGUACAUUUGUCCUUAACUUUCUGUGUAAGGCAAAUUGCACUGGUAUGUGUAUGCAGUUAAUUAACUUAAAAAAUAUGAAUUAAAGAGAAAGUGUAUUGUCCUGUUGUCCAGGACAGGCAUCCAGCGAUAGACUGAAAUUUUACGUUGAUGAAGUGUUCAGGUGCGGUGCCUGGCUUGUCUGUAUUAGGAUUCAUAAAUUGUUCAUUUGUGCCCAGUUCUGAGUGAUUGGGCCUAUUACUCAGAUCCUAGUGUGUGCUGAAAUUGAAGUUAUAUGAUAUAAAUCCCUUUUUCCAGUUCCCUCCUGUGAUUGUUUACAAUUGGCUAAACAGGGUGUUUAAAAAUAAGUAUUUUUUUUUUCAAGAAUUUAUGUGGAUGUGCCUGACUGAGCCGAAAGGUGUUACUUGUCCUAAGUCUGAAAACGUUUUGUAACACAGCUACAGCCAUUUCAUGUUUACAGGUCUGUAAGCACAAAUGGGAAGGAUAAAACAUAGUAACAUUAAUGUUUUUAUUAUAUCCUUUGAGCCUGUAUGUUAAUCUGUGCUUCAACAUGUCACCAUUAGCGCAGACAUAUGAUCAUAGUGCGCUAGUCCUGUGCACCUGGAUUGUGAUGGACAUCCUUUAUGUUGCACCAUAGGUCCUUUGGAAUUGCGGGCAGCAGAGUAGUGGUAGAUGGAGUUCAUGUUGCCUCAGAGAUUGAAAUUGAUUUUAGUUAAAUUUGGUAGCUAUGGAGACCAAUCCACAUGGACCAUGAUCCAAUUCAUAGUUUGAAAAUUAUUUGGCUUCUCAGUCUUGAGCCCAUUUGCUUAUUGCUCCAUGACUCGAACAGAAGUUGCUGACUUCUGUUUUUUAGUUACAGUAGUAGUUUGUAGUUGUAAGGUACAGCCAAGAACUCUCACCUGUAAUAUUGGGUGUGCCUACUUAACAUAAGACCUUCAUCCCAAAAUACUGGGAUUUCUGAAACAGAUGUUUUAAUUGUUUUGAUAUUGAAAGGCAUUUCACAUUUAUUUGUACACACAAAAAUGGUAAGCUGAUGGGUUAAUAUUGGAGUUUGGAAGUUUAAUCUUCAUUUUCAUGGCUCUUGAUUAAGGACUAGGCAGAUUCAUCAAGCUGAGUCCUGGGUUCUAUAAUUGCAGAUACACAUGUAGUCAUGAAAGAGCUUCUGUAAAUUGUUGAGCCACUUUGGCGGAGCUGUUUAGGCUCCCCACUAUUGGUGAAGGUUAUGUUGAUAGACUUAUAGCUGAACAUGUAACAGGUACAGCAGUGCUGGAAAUGCUGUCUGUUGUCAUGCAUGCUUUCCUGACACCUCCAUAAAGAGUUAUUUUUUUGGAAGUAGAGUAAAUCUAACCCAAAGAAGUAGAUACAGGCAAGAAAGGACCAUAUAUUUUACAAAGUGAGGUGGAAAAACUAUCAAGGACAUGAGGAAUGGAAAGGCUACAGGAGA